AUGGCGGCUGUAAGCGCAGUUGAGAAUGGUCUGGCAAGAACUCCUCAGAUGGGAUGGAACAACUGGAACACUUUCGCAUGCGAUGUCUCCGAGCCUUUGCUUCUUGAGACUUCGAGAAUCAUGAUAGACACCGGACUACGCGAUUUGGGCUACAACUACGUGGUCUUGGACGAUUGCUGGAGCGAGAAGCGAGGCGCGGACGGAUACUUGGCUGUGGACGAAUCAAAGUUCCCAAAUGGCAUGAAGAGCGUCGCCGACAGUCUUUACGACGAUAAUUUUUUGUUCGGCAUGUAUUCGUCGGCUGGAGAAUACACCUGUGCAAGAUAUCCUGGAUCACUGGAUCAUGAGGAGCAGGAUGCCGAGAGCUUCGCUCCGUGGCGAGUUGACUACCUCAAAUACGACAACUGCUACCACAUGGGUCGCAUGGGUACGCCUUUGAUCUCCUUCAAUCGAUAUAACGAGAUGGCAAAAGCCUUGAAAGAGACUGGCAGGUCAAUCCUAUACAGUCUUUGCAGCUGGGAAGAAGAUUUUGUCCACACAUGGGGUGGUUCGAUUGCAAACUCCUGGCGUGUAUCUGGAGACAUCUAUGACUCGUUCGCUCGCCCGGACGAGCUAUGCGGAUGCGGAGAUGCCACAAACCCGCACUGUAUCGCACCGGGGACUCACUGUUCUGUACUCGCCAUUCUGAACAAAGUCGCUCCGUAUAUUGAUCGUGGAAUGCCCGGCGCCUGGAAUGAUCUAGAUAUGCUUGAGGUCGGACUUGGAGGCAUGUCAGAUGAAGAGUACAAAGCUCAUUUCGCCAUGUGGGCUGCCUUGAGGUCACCAAUGCUUCUUGGAAACGACCUUCGUGCCAUGUCGGCCAAGACCCUGUCUAUCGUAAACAAUCCCGCUAUCAUAGCAAUCUCGCAAGACCCAUGUGGUCGCCCAGUCCAUCUUCGGCAUCGGGAAACACACGUCUGGAGCGGACCUCUCGCCAACGGUGAUCAAGUUGUGAUCUUCCUCAAUGCUGCCAACAAUGAUGUGGACAUGGAAGCUUCCUUGGAGGAGAUCUUCGUAUCCGAAGGCGUCGGUGGUACGGCGCCUCAAGUGGCUCAAGAGUGGAACAUACAUGAUCUUUGGGCUCACCGAAUGAGGGACAAGGAUUCCAAGGCCAUCCUGGAUGCUUCCGACGCAAGGGCAGCGUGCAAACAUCUUCAACAAACUCAACUGAACGACGUCCGUCUGUUUGGGGCUAAAGUCGGCACUGUCUUACCCCACGGCAAGAUCAACGUGCAUGUAGGUAGACAUGCAGCAAAGGUCUUGCGUCCAAGAAGCUCGGCAGGUACGCAAAGCCGUAAAUCAUUGCUUAAGCAGGAAUUGUAG